UGAUUAAGAGCCGAUAAAACCACUUGUUUGUACUUCUAACCUUCGAACACAACACAUGGAAAUGACUCUGAAGCAUCAGCACUGUGCAUGAUCACCAAGUGGAAGCCGUUCCUUCUUCCGUUUUUUAAGAGAAAGAAUAUUUUUUCAGCUGUUAUUUGGCGUCUGAAACGGUUUUCCCUUAAUGGGUGAACGCUCCUGCAUUCAUCAUUUUCAGCAUCUAAUGGCGAAGAAAUUGCUGUUUUUGUUGACCCUUUUGGGAAUUCUCCUUUGUGCGCAAUCCAAGUUCAUGGUGUACAACACCUCGCAGGGCAUAGUCCAUGGGAAGCUCAACGUUCAUCUGGUUGCUCAUACCCACGACGAUGUUGGUUGGUUGAAGACCGUUGAUCAGUACUAUGUUGGUUCUAACAAUUCAAUUCAGGGAGCUUGUGUGCAAAAUGUGUUGGACUCCAUGGUUCAUGCUCUGCUGGCUGACAAGAACAGAAAAUUUAUCUAUGUUGAGAUGGCCUUUUUCAAGCGAUGGUGGAGAGAUCAGAGUGAAGUUAUUCAGGAUGUAGUUAAGAAACUCGUUAGUACGGGUCAACUAGAGUUCAUAAAUGGCGCUAUGUCCAUGCAUGAUGAGGCAGUAACUCAUUACAUAGACAUGAUUGAUCAGACUGCACUUGGACAUCAAUUUCUGAAAAAGGAAUUUGGUGUGACUCCUACAAUUGGUUGGCAAAUUGAUCCCUUUGGACAUUCUGCUGUGCAGGCUUACUUGUUGGGAGCUGAAGUUGGCUUUGACUCCCUUUUCUUUGGUCGGAUAGAUUACCAAGAUAGGGCUAAGCGCAAGAAGGAGAAGAGUCUUGAGGUUAUCUGGCAGGGUAGCAAGAGCCUUGGCUCCUCUGCCCAGAUCUUUGCUGGAGCAUUCCCUGAAAAUUAUGAGCCACCUUCAGGAUUUUACUUUGAAGUUAAUGAUAACUCACCAAUCGUCCAAGAUAACAUGGAAUUGUUUGAUUACAAUGUCCAAGAUCGAGUGAAUGACUUUGUUGCUGCUGCAUUAUCACAGGCGAAUAUAACUCGAACAAAUCACAUUAUGUGGACGAUGGGAACUGAUUUUAAGUAUCAAUAUGCACAUACAUGGUUCCGACAGCUGGACAAGCUUAUUCAUUAUGUAAACAAGGAUGGACGUGUCAAUGCUCUGUAUUCUACACCAUCCAUAUAUACUGAUGCAAAAUAUGCUACAAAUGUGUCUUGGCCAAUCAAGACUGAUGAUUUCUUCCCAUAUGCAGACCGUGCAAAUGCUUACUGGACAGGAUACUUUACCAGUAGGCCAGCUAUCAAACGCUAUGUCAGAUUAAUGAGUGGCUAUUAUUUGGCUGCAAGGCAACUAGAAGUUUUUAGGGGGAGAAUGAAUUCGGGGCCAAAUACGGACUCAUUAGCUGAUGCCUUAGCAAUUGCUCAACACCAUGAUGCAGUCACUGGCACAGAAAAGCAACACGUGGCCAAUGAUUAUUCUAAACGAUUGUCAAUUGGCUACAAGGAGGCAGAGGAUUUGGUUUCAUCAUCUCUGGCUUGCUUGGUUGAGUCACCGUCACUUACUAGAUGUCAAAACCCAGUUACAAAGUUUCAGCAAUGUCCACUUUUGAACAUAAGUUACUGUCCUGCAUCAGAAGUUGAUCUAGUUCCAGGAAAGAAUUUGGUUAUUGUGGUUUACAACUCUCUUGGUUGGAGGAGAAAUGAAGUGAUUCGGAUUCCAGUUAUUGACUCCAGUGUUACAGUUCAUGACUCAAAUGGUAUAGAAAUAGAAUCUCAACUUCUUCCUCAGGCUGAGGUAUAUGCAGACUUGAGAAACUAUUACGUGAAGGCAUAUUUGGGACAAACUCCACCCAAGAGACCCAAGUAUUGGCUUGCAUUUACAGUUUCUGUACCACCACUUGGUUUUAGCACCUACACUGUCUCAACUGCCAAAAGAUCAGGGUCCACUAGAUCAUCAGUAGAUACAUAUAAAAGUAGUGAAAAGUCUAAAUUUGAAGUUGGUCAAGGAAAUUUGAAGCUUACAUUUUCUACGGAUCAAGAAAAGUGUACCAAUUAUGUUAAUAUAAGAAACCUGGUCGAGGAACAGGUUGAACUGAGUUACCUUUACUAUUCUGGAUACAAUGGAACGAAUCAAAAAGAUCCACAGAAUUCUGGAGCCUAUGUCUUCCGUCCAAAUGGCACAUAUCCCAUAAACCAUGAAAAAGAGGUUCCAUUGACUGUUUUGCAUGGACCGGUACUAGAUGAAGUGCAUCAACAAAUUAAUCCAUGGAUACACCAGAUUACCAGACUGUACAAAGGAAAGGAGCAUGUUGAAGUAGAGUUUAUUGUUGGCCCUAUACCGAUUGAAGAUGGAAUUGGUAAAGAAGUUUCCACUCAGAUUUCAACUACUAUGGAAACCAACAAAACAUUUUACACAGAUUCUAAUGGGCGUGAUUUUAUCAAAAGGAUACGUGACUACAGAACAGACUGGGACCUGGAAGUAAACCAACCUGCAGCUGGAAAUUAUUACCCUAUUAAUCUUGGGAUAUACAUAAAGGAUAAUACAACAGAAUUCUCAGUUUUGGUGGAUAGAGCUAUUGGAGGAUCCAGCUUAGAAGAUGGACAAAUAGAGCUGAUGGUUCACAGGAGAUUACUACUUGAUGAUUCAAAAGGUGUUGCAGAGGCUCUAAAUGAAACAGAUUGUGUUGGUGAUGAUUGCAGGGGUCUAACUGUCCAAGGAAAAUAUUACUACAGAAUCGAUCCCUUAGGUGAGGGUGCAAAGUGGCGUCGUACUUUUGGACAGGAAAUAUAUUCUCCACUUCUGUUAGCCUUUGCUGAAAAGGAUGAUAAAGAUGACUGGACGAAUUCCCGUGUAUUAACAUUUUCAGGAAUUGAUUCUUCGUACGCAUUACCUGAUAAUAUUGCUAUUAUAACCUUACAGGAACUUGACGAUGGGACAGUUCUCCUUCGGUUGGCACAUCUAUAUGAGAUUGAAGAAGACAAGGAUCUCUCUGUGGUGGCAAGUGUGGAGUUGAAAAAGCUCUUCCCUGGGAGAAAGAUCCAAGAGGUGAAAGAGAUGAACUUAUCUGCCAAUCAAGAAAGGACAGAGAUGGAGAAAAAAAGACUUGCAUGGAAAGUAGAAGGCUCUUCUGGAAAUAGACAUGUUUCAAGGGGAGGGCCAGUUGAUCCAAAAGAGCUAAACGUCGAGCUUGCUCCAAUGGAAAUCCGCACUUUCAUCAUUUCCUUUGAUCAUGUGUCUCACCAACUUUUUGAUGCAUUGUAGAGCAAAAUCACUUGUUGAAGUCCUUGCUUUUGAACAAGCUUGCAUAUUGGUAUGUGUUGUUAAAGUCCUUGCUUUUGAAGAUGCAUAUUGGUA